GAUUCGCUAUUUCGCUAAUUCGCGUUUCGCGCGUGAUUAUCUGAUUGAAUAUUCUUUUUGAAUUUCGAAGAGUUUAUUAAAAUUAAAUAGUUCUCUUUCCCUUGAGGUUUUGAGUUUCUCUUGGAGAGAGAGUUUGAUUAAUAAGAAUUUGGCCGUGUCUUUCUUGGUUUUGUUUACCCAUUGGUCUUAAUAUUCUUAAGACCUCCGCUCGCUUUUCUGUUUACUGAGGGUCGCUACACUAAAAAAAGGAACAAAGAAGGAAGUUUCGGAAAAAGAUUAUCAUGAUCUUCGCGCAUAACGAAAACAUAAAUCAAGAAAUUUAUUUCGAACCAAAUUCUAAUUCUGCGCAUAUUAAUUUAUAUCGAGUGAAUUACAUUUGUAUGAGAAAAGACAAGGUAAAGAAGUUCAAGACUACAAUUUAUAGAAGACACGUAAAAAUGCCUACUGCGCAGAAAGUUAGUUGGUUGGGAGCCUAAAGAGUUAAGAUUUCAUUAGGGACUCAAGAAGAGUUCAACAAAUUCUAUUCAAAAUGGUUGCUCAAAAGAUCACCUGUCCGAGUCGGAGCGAUGAUAUCGGAAAUAAGUACAACACAAACAACAACAGAUAUGGUUUUUUCGCAAACGAGUCUCCAGACUCACAGUAUUUUGAAAGUGGUAGAAAUAGAUCUUUUAAAGCCAGAAAAGAGUCAACAGGUGAACGGUCCAACCGGAGUGGUUACACACAGAAAUACAGUAUCGAAGCCGCCUUCGCCCGAGGAAGCAAUCAGCUAUCCCGAGGAAUUUCCAAAACCGGAGCCCGAAUUACCGAGCACAAUGUUUCACGAAUCGGAGUUCUUCCAAGAUCUGGGUCAGUGGUGCGCCGCUCCCGCCGAGGAUGUAGUAGUACAGUCCAUUGACUCUCCGAUACACACUGAAGACAGGGCACACAACACCGACACACUGCACACACCAUUCUCGCCGCAAGGCUGGGAUGUAUUUGACGCUAAUUCUCCCUCUGCGCUGGCAAGUUUUUAUUACCCCAUGUCGAACCCGGUUUCUCCAUCUGUGGAUGAGCUGGGGAAGUACAGUAAUGAAUCCUUAUGGCCUCAGCAGAACGACAAAGUUCCGUUUUCAGAAGAAUUUUUAGAUAUAAGCAAUUUGCCAGUCGUGAUAGGGGGAUUAGCGUCAAGCAAAAAUGCCGAUAUGAAACCGUGGCAAAUCACGGAGCCUGUCGGCUGGCUAACAUCAGAUACUGAUUACACUAAAGUAAAUACAAACUUACACCCCACUAUGCCCUUCAUUGAAGAGGAUUCAUUGGACAUUAAACUAGUUUCGGUUAUACCGCGGGAGGUGGAGAACAAUGAUGUAGUUAUAUCGGAAUACAUAAUAAAUGACCACCAAGAUUCAAAGGAAACUGAGAAAAUUUCAAUGGAGACAAUGUCAAUACGCCGGGGUCGGGGCCUUUCUAUAGACGUGGCAGCGUGUACCCCGAACUCGCCCGACGAUAUUAUCAGCACGCCAGAAGUUCUAAACUUCGUCGAGCAGUUGGAGGAAGAGAAAUGCACAUUUCCAAGUUCGACGCCAGCACCAGAAUGGCCCACACAUGACACUUCUGUUGACAGCGUUUCUAAGACCGAGUCCUCGCCACCGAUGGACUAUGAACCAAUCACACCUAAGACGGAAUCGCACGUGGAGUCCGACAACGACGACACAAAAUCGUAUACAAGCAAAAAAAGACGUCGUGAUAGUGAAGAUUCAGAUGAAACUUACACGCCGUAUACCGAACAUUCACCUCGGAAAUACAGGAGGAGGAAGCCCAACAUUCCUAUUAAGGAUAUGAUUCGCGCUUUGGAAGGCUCACAACAGCUUAAACCCACGCGAAGAGGUCGCCCACCGAAACGAAGAGAGAGCACAGUAUCUUCCGUGUGUAGUUUGGACGACAACUCCUCAGUAUCUACACACGAACUGAGAUACAGAGAAUUGAGAGACAAAAACAACGAAGCAUCAAAAAGAUCAAGGAUGAACAGGAAACUAAAAGAAUUGCAAAUGGAGCAACUAGCUAUCGAGUUAGAAGAGCG